AUGCGAAUUAAUGAAAAAAAGAAACUUCAUGAAAAUCUAAAACAAGAAAUUCGUUCAUUAUUAAUUAGUUCACCAAAAACUAAAUAUGGAGGAUUAUCAGGUUCAUUAUUAUAUUCGGAUUAUAAAAAAUUAAAUUCUGGGAAAGAAGUACCAUAUGUUGAACUUGGUUUUCAUUCAUUUUUGGCAUUAUUACGUUCAAUGCCUGAUGUUGUUAGAAUUGAAUGUAAAGAAAAUAGUCCAUCAUAUCGUGUUCAUCCUGUAUAUGAUCAAACAACAGCACAUAUUCAAAAAAUGGUAUUUGAACAACGUGAUAAAUAUCAACAUGAAAAUCAAUUAUACAAUCAAAAUUGGCAUUCAAAUAAAGAUACAAAAUCUAAUAAACAAAUUCCAUUUAAUUUUUAUAAAAAUGGACAAUUACCAUAUUUAUAUAAUUCUUUAUCUUAUUAUACAUUCAAUAAUGUAUCAAAUAACUUUCAUCAUAAUACAAAAAACUUCUUCAGACAAUCUUUUCCACAAAAGUUCUUUAUAUCAAAUGAACAACGAAGAAAAUUUUCUUUUCAACCUUAUUUAUUGGUAACAUCAUCCAAUAAUAAUGAAAAAGAAAAUGGAAAGAUAAAUUAUCAAUCGAUUGAUAAAUUAUCUUAUGUACCUUUAACAUUGAUUGAUAAUCAUAAAAACUGUUCAAGUUCAAAUAUUUUUCAAGAAACACCUCCUCAUUUCGAUCUUAAUGAUUAUCAUUUAGAUGAAUCAAUUGAAAUAAGUGAAAAUGAUAUCGAUCAAGAAAAUAAUUAUAAUUCAUCUAUCGAUCAUCGAAUUAAUAUAUCUGAUGAUCCAUUGCUUACAACAUCAAUAAACGAUCCACAAAAUUCCGAAAUAGAUCAACCAUUAACAUCAUCGUUAAUAUCAAUUCAAAAUAGUUCAAUUAUAUCAUCUAUAAAUAAUAAAAAUAUAUCAGAAGAUCAAUCGAAUAACUCAGAAUAUCCUAUUCAAUCAACUUUAUCAAUUGUAGAAGAAGAAAAACCGCUGUUGAACAAAGAAUUAUUCUUUGAAAUUUCUCAUUGUGAUGAACAAGAACAAUCUAAAAUAGAUGAAAAUAUAAAAUUUCUAAAACGAAUAAAUGAUGCAUUACGUCAAUGUAUCGAUUUUCGUUAUAUACAUCGAUUACAUAAACUUAAAUUCGAAUAUCGUCAUUAUCCAUUAUCAAUUGAAACAUCAUUAAUAAAAUCUAAACUUGAAAAACUAGCUUUUAACAAAUAUCAACAUGAAUUAGAUGAAUUUGGAAAAAUCUCUCAAUUAAAUACAUCAAUUGAUGAUCAUUUAUGUCAAAUAAUGUUUGAUGAAUAUAUUUAUUUACAACGAAAUUAUUAUUAUAUGACUAAAUUAAUGAGAAAAAACAAAUAA